AUGGGUAGCUAUACGGCAAAUUUAGUCGAAACCCUCGACGCAGUCGAUGCAUCGACUUUGGAUGGAGAUGAUGCCUCGCGGCUACAAUUGGCCAUGGCUGCCCGCAAGCUUUUUCAUAAACUAGAGACCAAGGAAGAGAAGACUAUACGACUCGCCAUCGAAGAACCUGUUGUGUUCUCUGCUAUCCAGGCUCUCAUUGACGUUGGUCUCUGGGAAGACUGGACUGGUGUUGGUGGAGGCGAGAAGACUAUCGAGGACCUUGCCACAAUAACCAAGAAGGAUAUUGAUCCGGAAUUACUGCGCCACCUCCUACGACUCCUAGCUACGAACCACGUUGUCCUGGAAGCCGGGGAAGAUCGCUACGCGCCGACCGCAUUUUCGCUCUCCAUGGGUGAUAAGAGUACCCUCGUUGCGCCAGCUCUUCGCAUACGAACGGACCACAUCGCCCAGUGUGCCCAUCACUUCCCCGAGUUCUUGGCUGAUACCAACUACCGCAAGCCUCUAGACGACAAUGCCAGCUGCUACAUUGAUACGUUUCCUGAGAAGAAAAACUUUUGGCAAAGAUGCAAGGCAAAUCCUAUGCAUCAAGAGAGCUUCUCUUCAUUCAUGCUGUUAUGGGGCAAGCAUAAAAGACCGUGGCCGCAGUUCUAUGACACCAAAGCGCUGCUCGAGGGCGCUGACUUGAGCGAUGGCAGCGCAUUCAUCGUAGAUAUUGGCGGACAUCACGGUGUCGACCUCUUACGUGUGCUCGACGAGCAUCCCGACGUCCCUGCAGGGUCCCUGGUGCUCGAGGACUUGCCAGAGGUCAUCACUUCCGUGAGUCUUGCCACGGACAAGAUCAAGGUUAUAGAGCACAGCUUCUUUGAGCCGCAGCCGGUUAAAGGCAGCCGGGCCUAUUACCUGCAUGCCGUCCUACACGACUGGUCCGACAAGGUGUCAAUCGAAAUCCUGAAGAACGUUGCGGCAGCCAUGAAGCCCGGCUACUCUAAGGUGCUGAUUCAUGAUAUCGUCCUGCCGGCAACAGGAACUACCUGCUACCAAGCUGCGUUGGAUUGCCUGGUGAUGCAGGCCUCGGCCAACGAAAGAACCGAGGCUGUGUGGAAUAAGGUGCUCGCGGAGGCGGGCCUUAAGCUGCUCAAGUUAUGGCCAGAUGGCCGAGGGUAUGAGAGCCUGAUUGAAGCAGAGCUAGCAUAG